AGUAAAAGACUACUCUCUCACUACAGUGAUGUCAUUUUUCUAUUCACUGAGUGCAAGUGUAAUAAUUAUUAAAAAUAUUUAAUACUCAUAACUAAACUUUACAAAAUUUAUACUCCAUUAAGAAAACAUGGAGCUAAAUGAUGUUAUUUUUAACCAGCCCGUCGUAAUAGAUAACGGUUCUGGUGUAAUUAAAGCAGGUUUCGCUGGUGAUCAAAUACCGAAAUGCAGGUUUCCAAACUAUAUUGGCCGGCCAAAACAUAUCAGAGUGAUGGCCGGUGCAUUAGAAGGAGAGUUGUUUGUUGGUCCCCGAGCUGAGGAACACAGAGGUCUAUUGAGCAUUAAAUACCCAAUGGAACAUGGUAUUGUUACAGAUUGGAAUGAUAUGGAGAGAGUGUGGAAUUAUAUUUACAGCAAGGACCAACUAUCAACCUUCUCAGAAGAGCAUCCAGUGUUACUUACAGAAGCACCAUUAAAUCCUAGACGGAACAGAGAAAAGGCAGCAGAAGUUUUCUUUGAAACAUUUAAUGUGCCUGCACUCUUCCUUUCAAUGCAAGCUGUACUUAGUUUAUAUGCAACUGGGCGUACAACAGGUGUGGUACUCGACUCAGGAGAUGGUGUGACCCAUUCGGUACCAAUAUAUGAAGGCUUUGCAAUGCCUCAUAGUAUUAUGAGAGUAGAUGUUGCCGGACGGGAUGUAACGAGAUAUCUUAGGUUGCUCUUGCGCAAGGAGGGCGUGAAUCUCCGAACUUCAGCCGAACUGGAAAUCGUUAAGUCGAUCAAAGAGAGGGCUUGCUAUCUCUCACCCAAUCCGUUGAAGGAAGAAACCAUGGAUUCGGAGCGGGCACAGUACACUCUACCAGAUGGCACACAGUUGGAGAUUGGCCCCGCAAGGUUCAGAGCACCGGAAGUGUUGUUUAGACCGGAUCUCAUCGGAGAGGAAUGCGAAGGUCUUCACGAAGUACUUAUGUUUGCAAUUCAAAAGUCUGAUAUGGAUUUACGCAAGGUUCUAUAUCAGAAUAUAGUGCUUAGUGGUGGUUCCACGUUAUUCCGAGGGUUUGGGGAUCGAUUAUUGGCCGAAAUACGGCGGCUGGCACCUAAGGAUAUGAAGAUAAGGAUCUCAGCACCCCAAGAGCGUCUAUAUUCAACAUGGAUCGGGGGUUCGAUUCUCGCUUCACUCGACACGUUCAGAAAGAUGUGGGUCUCGAAACGGGAGUAUGAUGAAGAGGGCCACCGUGCUGUGCACCGCAAGACAUUCUAGAUAUUGCUUGAAAAUAUCGUACAUAUGUGAUGUUUGACGUCAAAAGUCGUAAAACUCCCAAAUUCUUUAAUGAACAACAUAAAUAAAAUGGUUUUUGAUAUCAAAAUCACACUUGUAUUAGUGCGAUAUCAUGUACGCUAUAUGUAUAUAAGUAAAAGAUCGAAUUAU